AUCGGGCGGCCAGCAACAAGCCCCACCGGCGUCUCUCCCCGUCCAAAGCUCCAAAGCCGAUCUGAUUGAUCCCCUCCAACCAGAUCUGACGCCGCCGCCGCGCAGCAAAACCCGAGCGCGGCCUCCCCCCGAUCGGAAGCGGCCUCACCGGCGGCGAGCGGAGCGGAGCGGGUCGCGAUGGGCGUGGAGUGCCGGUACGAGGUCGCGCAGGCGGCGUACGUCAAGCUCGCGCUGCACGCGCUCAAGCACCCGGCGGCCGCCGUCAACGGGCUCCUCGUCGGCCGCCUGGCGGACCCGGCCGCCUCCCCGGCCGCCGUCGUCUCGGUCGCCGACGCCGUGCCGCUCUCCCACCAGCCGCACCACCUCCCGCUGCUCCCCACGCUCGAGCUCGCGCUCACCCUCGUCGAGGACCACUUCCAGCCGCAGGGCCUCGCCGUCGUCGGGUACUACCACGCCAACGCCCGCCGCGACGACGCCGACCUUCCCGCCGUCGCCAAGCGCGUCGGGGACCACAUCUUCCGCUACUUCCCCCGCGCCGCCGUCCUGCUGCUGGACAACGUGAAGCUCGAGGAGGUGGUCAAGGGGAACAGCCGCGACGCUGUUGUUCAGCUAUACACCAGGGAUUCAUCAAAAAGCUGGCGUCAGGCUGGAUCAGAUGGAAGUAGUCAGCUCAAACUGAAAGAGCCAUCUACCAAUGUGGUCUUAGCUGACCAUGUUACCACGAAGAAAUGGCAGCAAGUUGUUGAUUUUGACGACCACCUCGAUGAUAUUAGCAAGGACUGGUUGAACGAAAGCCUGCUUGGUUGAAACGGUUUUGAGAUCAAAUUUGUCACAUAUUUAUUUUGAACUGUCUAGAAACCAAGGCAUCAAGGCUUGUCCCACCAGAUCACUUCGUUUCACUUGAUGGCCAGACGAGCUAUUUGGCAUGGUUUUGUAAUUUAAUAUGAUAUAAUAAGUAGAUGUUACCCCGUGUGUUCUUGCGACGAUUUGUAGCCAAAAAUAUAUUGAAAAUGAAGAAAAACUGUGAUUGUAAAA